AUGAAAGCUAGGGUUUGCGAGCUCUGCGACCAAGAAGCUUCGCUCUAUUGCCCCUCCGAUUCUGCCUUCCUCUGCUCCCGCUGCGACGCUAGGGUCCACCAGGCCAACUUCCUCGUCGCUCGCCACAUCCGCCAAUCUAUCUGCUACAAUUGCAAAGGUCUCGCCGGAAGUCGGAAUCUCCGGUCACUCUGCUCGUCAUGCGCGCCGGAUAAUUUUUCUGGUCAUGGCAGCGGCGACGGGGACACCCAGUCCUCAUCCUCGGCUUGUUCCGCCUGCGUCUCCAGCACUGAUUCCUUUGGCGGAACUGCGGCGACGAAGGCUGGGUUCGAUAACCGGAAAUCGGAGAGCUCCGUAACUCAGGUUUCCAGCAAGUUGUCGAAUAUUCCGGCAAGAUUCUCCGGCGAAAAGAGGAAGUGCGUACAGAGGGCGCGAGCGCGAACUUCGACGAGCGUGGAUGCAAAAGCGGAGGGUAGUUUCGUAAAUUGGUGCAGUAAGCUGGGGCUGAAUGGUAAUUAUACCGCGGCGGUGGUGUCGACGGCGUCGAAUGCGUUGGGAUUUUGCUUGGGGCGGUUGACUGGCGUGCCCCUGAGAGUGUGCCUGGCGGCGUCGUUUUGGUUCGGAUUGAGAUUCUGUGGGGACAGGUCGGUGUCCACGCGUCAGAAUCUGAGACGGAUUGAGGAGUUGUCGGGAGUGCCGGCUAAGCUGAUCCUGGCCGUUGAAGCGAAGCUCGGGCGGGAGCUGAGAAUUAGGCGCGCACGGCGUGAUGAUCUAGAGGAGGGGUGGGCAGAGUGUUGA